AUGCCUGUACAAAAGAUUUCUUUUACACAUCGAUUUGGUAUAAUUUCAUCAUCAUAUAAGCAAAAACUUGAAAAAGAUAUCGAAGAAAAAUCACAAGAAAGUGAUCGAUCAUCAUCAACAAAUAGUCCGAAUCACACUAAAAAACAUUUAUUACUUGAAGUAACUGAAGAAUUUGUAAGGGAUUAUAAUAAAGCUUCAGCAAGUGACCGAAUUAAACAAAAUGAAGUUAUUUAUCGUAUGUUACAACGUCUUAAACGAAAAGCAACACAACUUCAAAUGCAUGCUGAACGAUCAAUGCAAUUACAAAUGACUUGGGCUGAACUUUGUUUAUUAUCUCAAUGUAAAUCUUCCUAUCAAGAAGAAUGUUUAACAACACUUUAUCGAGCAUUGAUAUAUAGUCCAUUGAAUAUGACUCAAAUACCAACAUUAUUUUUUCUUUCUGAAACAAUUCUUUAUUGGAUUAAAAAUGAUGCUAUCCUUGAACCAUUUCUUACAUCAACUGAAUUAAAAUUAUUAAAGAUUGCUCAAAUUAUAUUUCAAUUACUCUAUUAUCAUUAUUUGGAAGGUUCAACUGAACCUUAUGAAGAAUUAAAAAUUCGUCUUUCCUCGUAUUUAGACGGUCUUGAGGAAUGUGAAUCUGCGUAUUCAUCAUAUCCAAAUGCUGUUUGGUGUAUUCGUUAUAUUGAAUCUGUUGGUUCUGUACUUGUUGCUAGUGUUGGAAAACAUGCAUUAAGUUCACGACGUAAUACUUCAUCAGUUGCAAAUUUUCCAAUACCACAAAUUCCACCUGAAGAUCUUGAUAAAACAACAAAUAAAUCUGAAUUACGUACUUCCGUUCAAGAAUUAUCACCUAUACUAUGGCAUUCAGUUAAUCUCUGGUCAUUUGCUAAAAAAUAUUCAACCAAUAGUUUAACAGAAACUAUGAAUCGUUCAUUUAAUGAAAUCAUUCUUUCAUUAAUUAAUUGUAGAUAUGAGUUACUUAACGAAAAUUGGAUUGAUGUAGUUAUAACAUUUCAAAUUCUGGCUGAUAUUGCAAAAACAAAUGUCGAUAUAUUGGAAACAAUUCAAUUAUUAGCUCAAUCUGAAUUAACAACUCAACUUCCAGCACAUAAACAAACUGAUAAUCAAAUGAUAUCUCAUGGUUGGCGUUUAUGGUCUUGGAAACUUAUCGUUCAUUUAUGUGAAUGUUUAACAUCAAUUUGUAUUGGUACAGAACAAGCUUUAAUUAAACGAAAAAUUUUAUUUGGUAAUGAAACAUCAUCAGAUAAUAUUCUUGCUUAUGCAAGAAAUAUAAAUACGUUUACUACUGAACCAAAUACUGCGAGUCAAAGUAAAAAUAAUGAACAUGUUUGUUUAAUGCAAAUGUUAACAUAUCAAACAAAAGAUGAGAAUGAUGAAGAUCUAUCAUGGCGUAUUCGAUAUAUGGGACUUUUAUGUAUGUCACAAAUUUAUAAACAUUUACAAAAUGAACGUCGUCAUAAAACAUUAAGUAAUUUACUUUGGAUGUUUAUACAUGAAUAUGAACAAAAUGAGCGUGAUAAUCGAAUACUUGAAGCACUUAAAGUUGGACGUUUUGAUGAUAAUAUUAUUCAAUCGAUGAAAUAUGAUUUAAGUGAAGGUCAAUUAGGUACGAUUUAUACUAAUAUAGCUCAACGUUUAGCUGAUGGUAUAUUACCACAAACACCAUCAUCUAAUUUACAAACACCAAAAACAACUACAAAACGAUCAUUUAAAAAGAGCCCAAAUAUUUCUUCACCACCAAAUAAUUUCAGUUUACCUGCAUCUCCAACUGCAAAAAUUGAUAAAAAACCUGUUCCAAUUAAAAAGAUAAUUCAAGAUAAUAUUAAUGAUGUAUUUAAACGAAAAGAACAAGUAUUACAAAGUAUUGUCAUAGAUCAAUAUCGUAGAAAACUUGAAGAAACAAAAGAAGAAACAGCUGAUGUUAUUGAACAAUUAGAUACAAUGAUUGAACAAGCUAUGGAAAAUACAACAUUAAAUGAAAAUGAUUUAGCAAGUGUAUUUACAUCAACUAAUAAAAAAUUCAUUCAUGAUCCACUUCAAGAACGACGAGCAUUAGCAGUAUCUAUGGGUGAUACGUUGAUAACUGAUGAACAAUAA